AUGGUUGUUUAUAUUUCAGAGGCUAUAUUUGCUCUUGGAUUUUUAGUAUCGACCCUGAGUGGACAGUACUUGCCACUGAGCAGCCAGCAGUAUCUCGGGGGCUUGGAAGAUGCGUGGGGUGUGCGUAACGCGGGGUGCGGUUGCGCGCUGGCGGGGGCAGACAGUGCCGCGAGCGCGUUGGCUGCAGCGGACGGCGGCGGCUUCGCUGUGGUGAGUUCGUCUCCCACACCGCCCCACGGCGUGUCGGUGGUGUCUGACAAUGAGUACUCAGGCAUCGUGGCAGUAGCGGGCCAGCUGCCGUUCCUCGGCACCACGUACCUGGAGGGCGCAGUGCCGUCUGCCGGAGUGGGGGCUGUCGCCUACGGCUGCGGGUACGGAGACGUCGCCAUUCUCAGCGAGGAUUUUGCAGGCGCUGCCGCCAGCUUGCGUUACGCUAAUGACCGCAUUACACCCAGAUGCUUCGACAACUCGGGGAUCUGCGGUUGUGGCACUUGGUUCUAA